AUGUUGCGCUCCGCGAGGCGUUCGCCUCACGCGCUGCUUGCCACCGUUGAAUGGGCGCACCGCCAUGAACGCGGGGAGCCCGUCGUCCAACCUCCUUCCCCGGACCCCUCAUUUUCCCUCCCUGUUCCCUCAUUUCCCCCCCUCCCUCUCUCUUUUCCCCCACUACUCCUACCCCUUGUUUCCCCCUCUGCUUACCCUCGUUCCCUCAUCUCUUUUCCCUUAUUUCCCCCUCUGCUCUCCCUCGUUCCCCCCUCUCCAUCCCAUCAUUUCCCCCUUCUAAUUCCCCUCGUUCCCCCUCUCCAUCCCCUGAUUUCCCCUCCUUUCCCCCACUGCUUCCCCUCCUUUCCCACACAUCUUCGCCUCCUUUCCCCCCCUACUUCCCCUCCUUUCCCCCACCGCUUCCCCUCCAUUCCCCCUGCUUCCCCUCCUUUCCCCCACUGCUUCCCCUCCUUUCCCCCGCUGCUUCCCCUCCUUUUCCCCGCUGCUUCCCCUCCUUUCCCCCGCUGCUCCCCCUCCUUUCCCCCACUGCUUCGCCUCCUUACCCCCACUGCUUCGCCUCCUUUCCCCCACUGCUUCCCCCCCUUUCACCCACUGCAUCCCCUCCUUUCCCCCACUGCUUCCCUCCUUUCCUCCGCUGCUUCCCCUCAUUUCCCCCACUGCUUCCCCUCCUUUCCCCCACUGCUUCCCCUCCUUUCCCCCACUGUAUCCCUCCUUUCCCCCACUGCUUCCCCUCCUUUCCCCCACUGCAUCCCUCCUUUCCCCCCCGUGCUUCCCCUCCUUCCCCCCGUUUCCCUCACUGCCUCCGCUCCCGCUGCCCUUCUCUCACCUGCCCAUCCAUUGCCUCCCCUUCGCAUCCGUCUAAAGCUGUGA